CUGAGCAACACAUCUGUCCGUCAGAGGGAGUCGAGUAUCGGCACUUCUGAAACGCGGGACGCCUCGAAUCAGUUUGUGUUGAGAGCUGCACGAGUUCGCCUCGUUUUGAUGUUUGACGUCCACUUAUCAAACAUCGGAUUAAAUGCUCUUCUGGAUAACUUUCGAGAACAUAUAGAAAAUUCUAGACAAGAACCCAUCUCAGCAGCUCCACAGGUCCACAAUUUGCGCUUGUGAAAGGAAAAAUGUUGUGGAAAUUAGCAGAUAACGUGAAAUAUGAAGAUGACUGCGAGCAGGAAAGACAUGACGUUAGCAGUAAUGGAAGCUCCAGGUUACCACACAUUCCCGCGGUGAGCCAGCACCUUUACAGCCCGCCACCGUCACUCUCGCAUUCUGCCAGCUCGGACUUCCAACCACCGUACUUCCCUCCCCCUUACCAGCCCCUAUCAUACGCUCAAUCCAGUGACCCGUACUCUCACCUGGGUGACCCGUUUAAUAUCAACUCAAUACACCAAUCUACAGCAUCUAACCAGCAGCAGUCAUGGCCCGGACGGCAAGGACAAGAAGCAAUUGGGACCCACGGCCGCAGUGGACUCGCCAGCCCAAUUCUGGGCCUGGAAGGGGGCUCGUCUGGGAUGCGUCGGGACGGCUUUAGGAGACCAGAGCUACUGCCACCGCACAUGCACGGCAUUGAUUCGCUAGGCGAUCACAUUGGAUUGCACGAGUUAGGCCACGGAUUGGACGACGUUCAGCACGAAGGUGAUCACAGUAUUGUAAUUCCUGAUCAUACUGUCAUCAAAAAAGUGUCCCUGCCGAAGGGAAAUGCAUUUGGAAUUCCCUUCCAGAAGGAGCCUCUUCUGGGAAUGGUGUCGAACCCCACAGAGGUGUUCUGUUCAGUGCCGGGUCGUCUCUCUCUUCUGAGUUCCACUUCAAAGUACAAAGUGACGGUAGCAGAAGUCCAGAGACGCUUGUCUCCACCGGAGUGUUUAAACGCCUCCCUGCUUGGUGGGGUAUUACGCAGGGCAAAGUCGAAGAACGGUGGACGAUCGCUGAGGGAAAAACUGGAUAAAAUUGGACUAAACCUGCCGGCGGGUCGCAGAAAGGCUGCUAACGUCACCUUACUAACAGCCCUGGUUGAAGGUGAGGCCGUACACCUGGCAAGAGAUUUUGGGUAUGUCUGCGAGACUGAGUUUCCCGCAAAAGCCAUCGCGGAGUACCUCGGUCGACCACACAUGGAACGCAAUGAGAUCAACUCUCGUAAAACCAUGCUCCUGGCAGCCAAGCAAAUCUGUAAGGAGUUUACCGACUUGCUGACUCAGGAUCGAUCACCAUUGGGAAACUCUCGGCCGGCUCCCAUUCUCGAACCAGGGAUCCAAAGCUGCCUGACUCACUUCAGUCUCAUCACCCACGGUUUCGGCUCUCCAGCUAUCUGUGCGGCAAUGACCUCGCUGCAGAACUACCUCAACGAGGCGCUGAAGCAGGUGGAUAAAAUGUAUGUGAGUUCGACCGGAGAUUCCUCACAGACGUCUUCCGAUGGCACCAACAAAGUAGACAAGAUGGACAAACACAGAAAGUGAGACUUGUUGAGUCGAGGUUGAACUGGAUUGGACCUUUCAAACAUUUUAACCAGAUCUGAUUCCUUGUUAUCUUAGUUGUCGAUUCUGUUUCCGUUUUGCUUUAUGAACAUCAAGGUUAAGCUUAAACUUAAACUUGAUGCCCUCUUUCCACGUCUUCCAGCACUUUCUCCUCCAAAAAGACGAAUACACAUUUCAAUACUUAGCCUUCAUGAGAGGCUUACGACGAAGUUCUUUAUUGAGUGAUUGCUGUGGGGCUGCAGCAUGAGCAAUGUUUCAGAUGAGCUUCAGGAAGUUGGCUCUCUGAGGAGAACCGCAAAGAGGAAGUUGUUGAGUUUCCCAAAGUCACCAUUUCAAGAGUUUAUGUGGAUUUUAAUGAUGUUUUUACUCACUACCGAAUUGGGAGGAGGAAAUCUCAUUUCUCCGUGUCCUCCUCCUUGGUGCUGACCUCAUAUCGGACUUACCAGGGAUGUGAUUAUGUUUGAGACAUUAUAAGUUGUUCUACGCUUGACUUCAUUGGACUCAGUGUUAUUGUUAUUGUUUGUGGGAGAGUUGUUGAGUGCGUGUUUUGUGUGCAUGGAUGUAUGAUUACCAUUUUACACAACCUUAACCCAUUUGGAUCAAGUAGAUCAGUGACGCAUCCAGGAAAUGUCAUUUAGUUUAGCGUUUCCUUCGAGUUUGGCCUAAAAAGUUCAGAAAUGAUAUCAAUUAAGAAGUGUUGUUACAAUGAUUAAGUUAAUGUGGUCAUAUAAAAUAUCAUAUGAUUGGGUUUGCGUGCAUGUGCAUUUUUGUAUGAGAGUACAACCCUGUUUGUGUGUAUCGUCUUUCCAUGCAUUUAAGUCAGACUAGAAGUUAGGCUAAAUAUUCCAAUCGUCUUUCCACAAAUGUAAAUAUUUUCUAAUUUAUGUUGUAAUUUAAUGGGAUUUGUAAAUAUCGGUGCAACUAUGGUGUCUGGUUUAACUUUUUAAAAAGAUGUGUUAUGCUUUUAUAAAGGGGUUCGUUUUUAUCACUUAGUGGUUAGGCUAUGGGAAUGAUUUUCUAUAUAGAUACAGUAUGUGUAAUAUUGGUUUGAAGCUGUAGGAGAAGAAAGAAAUAAAAACACAACUCUCUUUAUUUGCAUCAGCCAAGACUCCCCAUUUAUGGCAUUUAUGAGUUGUACACUUCACUACACGCGUACCCUACUAAUGAGGCAUGUCGAACAUGGCCAAUUCAUGUGUACAAAGAUUUCUUUUCACAAUAAAUGACAGCAGUGCUCACUCUAAA